UUUCUCCAGAUCCAGACGCGACCCCGUACCUAACCAUCGAACCUCGUCAACUUUCAUCGAAACCACGCGCCUUUGGAGGGGCAACACCCGUGGGCAUCAUCCAUCAACUAAUCCCAACAAUCGCAUGCCAUACACAGGCCGUUUCAUCUGUGCAAUUGGUCUGCAUCCCAUCCCGCGCGUCACGUUUUUGAGUUUAUUCGCCAGGUUCCGAUUCUGUUGAUGUUCGUUGGCUCCUGAGUUUUCUGUACCAGAAGCCAUCAUGGAAGACCAAACGAACUACGGCAUCUCGAAUGCCGCUUCUCCAGGCAGCAACCCAAUUCUUUCGCAGCCACCUCUGCAGCCUGCUGCACCCGCGGCAGGUGAUGGCGCUGAAGAUGUCCAGAUGACCGAGGGCCCUGUUGCCGAACUCAACAUCAAGCAGGAUAGUGCAACUCCCGCGCCGGGUGUCACAUCUGACAACCCUCUCGAUGCUCCGGAUGGCCCUGCGCCUGAGGCUACGCAGGACGAAGAAAUGGGCGGUUCUCGCGACGAAACGAAGGAUGCCCAGGUCGCAAAGGAUAGCGACGACAACAUUGCAAACGAUGCAGACGGUCAAGAUUCCAAGACCAAGGAGACGCUUGAAUCUGCAGCCCGGGAGCACCUCAUCUCGCAAACACAUGCAAUUGUCCUGCCGAGCUACAGCACCUGGUUUGAUAUGAACACCAUCAACGACAUUGAGCGCAAGGCUAUGUCCGAGUUCUUCAACAGUCGCAACCGCAGCAAGACUCCCGCCGUCUACAAGGAUUACCGCGACUUCAUGAUCAACACUUACAGACUGAACCCUGUGGAAUAUCUCACUGUCACGGCUUGCCGGCGCAACUUGGCUGGAGAUGUUUGCGCCAUCAUGCGCGUUCACUCAUUCCUUGAACAAUGGGGCUUGAUCAACUAUCAGGUUGAUGCCGAGCAACGACCUUCGCACGUUGGCCCUCCCUUCACUGGCCACUUCAAGAUUAUCUGCGAUACGCCCCGCGGCCUCCAGCCAUGGCAGCCCUCUGCUGAUGCCGUCGUUUCGGCAGGCAAGCCAAGUACCGAUACUGACAAGAAGGUUACGGCAACGCCUGGUGCCAAGAGCGAUCUCAACUUGGAAGUUAGCCGGAACAUAUAUGAGGCAAGCGCCAAAGGAACGAAGCUCAACAAGACGGAGCCAAAGACUAAUGGCGAAACACCUGUGACUAACGGUAUCUCGGGUGUUGAGGAGGCUACCAAGACGCCCAUUGUCAAGGUUAACUGCCACACCUGCGGUAUUGACUGUACCAGGUUAUAUUACCACAGCUCACAGGCCGAUCCUAACUCCAAGACCAAGUAUGAUGUCUGUCCCAGCUGCUACCUCGAGGGUCAUCUUCCCGGCAACCAGACAAGCGCCCAGUUUACCCGUAUGGAGAAUCCCACUUACACAACUGUCCUCGAUCGGGAUGCGCCUUGGAGCGAUGCAGAAAUACUGCGGUUGCUUGAGGGCAUCGAGAGGAUGGAUGAUGACUGGAACGAAAUCGCGGACCAUGUGGGCACUCGAACACGCGAAGAGUGCGUCUUGCAGUUCCUGUCCCUGGACAUUGAGGGCAAGUACGCAGACUCGGACCUUGCGGUGAAUGCGCCAACCGGCCUUGCCAUGCUCGGACAGCAGGGUGGUCACCUACCCUUUAGCCAAGCGGACAACCCUGUUAUGUCCGUGGUCGGCUUCCUUGCGGGUCUCGCAGACCCUGCCAGCACGGCGGCAGCUGCCAACAAGUCAGCCGAGGAGCUCAAACGCAAGCUUCGCAGGCGACUCGAGGGUGGACACUCCGAGGAGCAGGCUGCAACCAAUGGCAAGGGCAAGGACAAGGAUGGUGGUGACUCAAUGGACAUCGAUAUUCGACAAGACAUAACGACUACGACGACGACUACGACAAGAACGACGACUCUGGCGACAAUUCCAAUGGCUACGAUGGGUGCCCGUGCCGCCGGUCUCGUUUCACACGAGGAGCGUGAAAUGACACGACUUGUCUCUGCUGCUGCCAACCUCACGCUGCAGAAGCUGGAGCUAAAAUUGAAAUAUUUCAAUGAGAUGGAAGCCAUUCUGCAGGCAGAGCGAAGAGAGCUCGAACGCGGCCGGCAACAGUUGUUCUUGGACCGUCUUGCAUUCAAGCGCCGUGUCCGAGAGGUGCAAGAUUCACUCAAGACGGCAGUCGAGACGGGCGGGGACCAAGGCCUGAAGAUGGCACAAGAUGCGAUGAUGGACGGUGCCAACCUCACAUUCCAGGCGGCACCUGGGCCCGGCGCGGUGCCGCCACUGAGCAGCGAAGGACAGAUUAAGAGUUUUGAAGCUUGAGCUGAGUCGGUACCGCACUCUGUUCUCUGGCCAUUGUGCUUCUGAAUCACGAUAACGACGAUGCCUGGUUGUGGAGGACGUGUAACUGCGUGGUUGUGUCAGUGUGUGUGUAAGUGUGCGCGAGCGAGCGCGGCCGAAUCGCGCUUCUUUUCUUUCAAGGGGUAUGGGUUGGCGAUGAACAGGAAAUGGCACGAAUAAUUGCGGUGAAUUGAACCAGUCUGGGUGAUUUUUGGGCGUCGGAGGGGUUUCCAUCUGCUUGGCGACGUAUGGUCACCUCGUACAAGUGUAUUAGAUAGUUACAUUACCCAGUUACCUUUACUGCC